CAGAAGUUAGCCUGCUGUUUGUUUACUCUUUAGGUACCGAAUUUCAUCCUCAUACAGAAGCUACCUCUUUGCUCAAGGUCAUGAAAACUUUAACGUCAACCCGCCGUUAUCAGUCCGACAAUUGAAUAUAUUGUCGCAGCAAAUGACCCUGAAGUCUUUCUGAAUAAUAAAAAACCGCACGCUGCCGUCAUGACUCGUGAUGUGCUCGGAGAUGAACUGCCCGACUGGGUUGGUGCGAAGGAGUUUCAUCAAAAGUACGAGCCUAAGGAGGUCAUUGGCAGAGGUGUGAGCAGUGUUGUACGCAGGUGUGUAAACAAACACACAGGACAGGAAUUGGCGGUGAAGAUAAUUGAGAUCACGGCAGAAAAAAUGACUGCCCAGCAGUUGGAAGAGGUGAAGAGCUCCACUCUGAAAGAGAUUCACGUCCUCAAUGUGGUGCAAGGGCACCCGUCAAUAAUCACACUUGUUGAUUCCUACGAGUCAGCAACCUUCAUCUUUUUGGUUUUUGACCUCAUGAGAAGGGGUGAGCUGUUUGACUACUUAACAGAGAAGGUCACUCUUAGUGAAAAGGAGACCAGGAGUAUGAUGCGUGCUCUUCUGGAAGCUGUCCUGUAUCUUCAUUCCCUUAAUAUUGUACACCGGGACCUCAAACCUGAAAAUAUUCUUCUGGAUGACCAGGGACACAUCAAACUUUCAGACUUUGGUUUUUCAGUGCAGCUACGACCUGGACAAAAGCUGAGAGAGUUGUGUGGAACUCCAGGAUACCUUGCACCAGAGAUUCUGAAAUGUUCAAUGGAUGAAACACAUGAGGGAUAUGGGAAAGAGGUGGACCUGUGGGCCUGUGGUGUGAUCCUGUUCACACUUCUUGCUGGAUCUCCACCCUUCUGGCACCGUAAACAGCUGCUUAUGCUAAGAAUGAUCAUGGAGGGGCGUUAUCAGUUCAGCUCUCCAGAGUGGGACGACAGGUCUGAUACCGUCAAAGACCUGAUCUCCAGGCUUUUGGUGGUGGAUCCUACACUUCGUCUCACAGCUGAGCAAGCCUUAGCUCAUCCUUUCUUCCGCCAGUACCAAAAGGAGGAUGUACGGCUGUUUAGCCCCAGGAAGACAUUCCGGGUCCUAAUCUUGACAGUGUUGGGCUGUAUUCGCAUGCACUGCCGCUACAACCGGGCCAGGCCUCUGACGCGAGAGCUCCUGGCCAGAGACCCUUACUCUUUACGAGCUGUACGCAAGCUUAUUGACGGCUGUGCUUUCCGCAUAUAUGGACACUGGGUGAAGAAAGGAGAACAACAGAACCGGGCUGCUCUUUUCCAGAACACCACUAAAGUUAUUCUUCUUGGUUUUGAGGACCUUGAGAGUUAGAUUUUUUUGUUGUUGUUUCCUCUGUUGCUAAAAUAUUUUUGAUUUGUCCAUUAAGAGUUAUAAUACAGUUCAGGGACUAUAGAUAUUAAUCCGUCCAGAGGUGCACAAAACAGUUUUAAACUAUUUAUUCAUUAUCAGUUUCAUUUACGAUGCGAGGUGCUUCAUUCAUUUAUUGUUACAUGCAUGUCAUCUGACCUCACUUUUAUUUUGUCCAGUGUGUGAUCAUGUGUUCUUAAAUUACAAGUGCAUCUUCACUUGUUGCAUGUGUACCUUAAAAAUAUGAUAUGCAAAUUGGGGUACAUGAAAUGAUUAUGAAAGUAUAACAGUAUGUCAUGGAUGGACUGUUAGUUAUUGGAACUAUUGCCUCCGUUCCAACAGAUCUGUUGGUUAUAAUGUGGUUUUUACUGUGUGUGUUAUAAUCUUGAUGAAGUGUCCUGCUGAUUCUUCAAGUGCAUUUCCAGAUGUUUUACAGACCAGUUUAUAAGCAGAGAGAAUGUGAAUGAAGUUAGAUGGGUAUUGUUAAACUACGGCGCCAGACAUCUUGGUUUAGUUUUAAUUUAUACGUUGGUGAUAAUCAAAGUUCAGAAACAUACAUGGACUGCAGCAGUACAGUUUUAUACCUGAUGAUGAUCGUCUUAUGUUAACAAACGUAUUUAAUGGUUACAUCCUGUUCACUGUGGAAUAAUUUCUUUUAAUAUACUUGCCCACUUGUUCCCUUCAUCUGUGAUGACCAAACAACAUGCUUUUAUUACUGAGUACUGUACUGAAUUUGACUAAAAAGUAAAUACAUUACUACAUUAUUA